CGUUUUACGUUUCAAUGUGGGAUCUGUUAUCCCGCAGUUCUCGAUACGUAGUCAACAAAAAGAAAAGUACAAUAUCCUGGAGCUAUUUAUUGCUGGUAUCUCCAACCUUAUCUGGUCUAUUGAUAGCUCUCCCUGAAGGUCGUCGCCAUCCGCAGACAAGCUGUGGCCACAGGCGCCAAUCACCCACUUCCCCGCUCAUGUCACCGCCGAGCCGCUCCACCACAGCAACAACAGCUCAUCUUGCAUCAUGGGUGGCGGUAGUAUUUUAUCCUCUACACACAUCGCAUGCAGAAAAGCUGUGUACAUUCAGUCAAUCAACACAAUAAGUGCCUUGGUAGUGUAAUUCCGAACCUUUCCUUGCUUCUCUGCUUGAGACCAUCUAUUGGUCCAAGCCCUUCAGACAUGUCUGCUGUACCGACCAGACCUGCUCCUGCGCUAUCGACCUCUGGAGCUCGAAAGCCGCAGAAAGCCUCGCAGGUUAGAUUCGUGCGGCCAGCCCAAAUGAGCUUGUUCGCGCAAGUGACUUCGUACCCUCCGCUGGGCCAGGUGACCUGUGUACCGCGGCUACAGAAGACAUUAAAGUCUGAAGAUGAUGACAAGCUUCAAUUCACUGUGAUCUUGGAAUCCAGCAAGACAUUCCCUGAACAGUCGUGGGAAGCUCAGAUUUGGCACAACAUCACGGACCCGAAUUGGACUGCGCUUCCGUUGAAGAGAUCCUUCGAUCAUUCUAUCCCUUUGAUGACAGGUAACGCGGAAGAAACAUAUUAUCGAUACACUUUCUCGGAAUCGAUCAGUCUUCACGAAAAUGGAGGAUAUGCCAAAUUUACAGUGCGAUACAGAACCGGUCCUGACGCGCAGUGGCAGUGGGCCAAUCAAAGGUAUCCUGUAAACGAUGGGGAGAUAGUGUUUCCUCCUAGGAAGUCCAAAUAUGACGGUCCAUCUACGUCUGAGAUAUCGCCGAUGGAGGCCAAGCAAGAGCUCAGUCAGUACAUCGAUGGCCUCGCGAGCGAACUAGAGAUCGAGUCACGCAAAAGCGAGGCUCCCGGCUCGGCCCUCUGGGAUAUUUCCGGAAAAACUGACGCGGCAAAGGAGAAUGAGUCUGGGAUUACGAAGAUCGUUCUAGGGAAACCCUCUGCACUUUUGCGAAACUUCUCGCUGGUGCGUGUCUGGAGCCCGUGGCUAGCUCCUCGACAUGGCAAGAAGGAAUUCCGACUAACCGAGGAUGCGAUACUCUGCUCGUUCCUGCGGAGUGAUGGAUUGCAUCUAGUAUUUCUCGCGAUUUCUGGCACUAAUGAUGUCUUAACGGUAUUCCAGUCCAGUGACAAGGGGGAGGUGGUCAUCCAGGCUCGAAAUGAUAACCGGGAGCCGGCGAAAUUCCAAGUUCUCGCCUCGGUCGCUGAGAAUUUCGAGGUAGCAAUGAGUGCAGUUAUAUAUGAAGCACGAAAAAUUGUCAGGUCUCCAGGUUCAAACUCUACCUCAUCGCCACCCCCGUCACGACAUUCCCAUCCUGAUUCACCCCUUGGGUCCGACAUCGUGAUGGUCGAAAAAGAUCCGAAGGCGCAGUGGCUAUCCAAUUGGUACGACGGCCUCACCUACUGCACGUGGAACGCUCUGGGUCAGGACCUGACGGAGGAGAAGAUCGUCAAUGCUCUGAACACCCUUAAGAGUCGUGGUAUCAACAUUUCCAACCUCAUCAUAGAUGACAAUUGGCAAGCGUUGGAUAAUGAAGGCCAGAGCCAAUUCAAACGUGGCUGGAAAAACUUCGAUGCGAACCCCAAAGGCUUCCCCAAUGGCUUGAGACAUGCUGUCGAAGCUAUCAAACGCAAUCACCCGAGCAUUGAACACAUUGCUGUCUGGCACGCCCUUCUAGGAUACUGGGGCGGAAUAUCACCUGAUGGGGAGCUUGCAAAGGAGUACAAGACCAAGGAAGUUAAAAUAAAAGACCCAGUAGCUGGUGGGACUAUACUCGCCAUCGAUCCAGAUGAUGUAUCGCGGUUCUAUGGAGAAUUUUAUUCAUAUCUCGAGUCUGUCGGGAUCAACUCCGUCAAGGCAGAUGCACAGUUCUUCCUUGAUCUCCUUGAAGAUCCAGAUGACAGAAAGCGAUUCAUUACCGCCUAUCAAGAUGCAUGGUCCAUCGCUUCGCUGAGAUAUUUCAGCAGUAGAGCCAUCUCGUGCAUGUCAAUGACUCCUCAGCUAAUCUUCCAUUCUCAGAUGCCAACCAACAAGCCCAGCAUCCUUCUGCGGAACUCAGAUGAUUUCUUCCCUGACGUCCCAGCAUCUCACCCCUGGCAUGUUUUCUGCAAUGCGCACAAUACGCUUCUGACUCGACACUUGAACGUGGUCCCCGAUUGGGAUAUGUUCCAAACCAGCCACCCUUAUGCUUCUUUCCAUGCGGCUUCUCGAUGUGUUUCAGGUGGUCCUAUCUAUAUUACCGAUGAGCCAGGAAAACAUGAUGUCGAGCUUAUAAAGCAGAUAAGCGCGCCCACUAUACGUGGUAAUACCGUCAUCCUUCGCCCUAGUCUUGUUGGACGCACGUUAGACGCAUACCACGAUUAUAACGAGGGAAAUGUUCUCAGAAUCGGAACCUAUACAGGUUGGGCCAUGACAGGCAGCGGGAUACUGGGUCUUUUCAAUAUCAGUCCCUCUGAUGCAUCGACUAUUGUUCCGCUCAUUGACUUCCCAGGAAUCCACGCUGAUUCGCGUGGAAAGUACAUCGUUCGCGCCCAUACGACUGGGAGAGUCACAGACAUGAUGCAGCCCUUGGCACAAGAUUCUCUGGUCGCUGUUACCCUAGAGCAAAAAGGCUGGGAAAUACUCACAGCAUAUCCAACUCGCUCUUUUACCUUGAGUGGAAGUCGAGGCUGUGACUCUGUGAGUGACGGUGUAACGCAUGUGGCUAUUCUGGGCCUGCUAGACAAGAUGACUGGUGUUGCUGCCAUAGUCAGCUCGGAUAUCUUCAUCGUUGAGAACGGUCGACUCCGCUUUGACAUCAAUCUGAAAGCCCUCGGUACACUGGGUAUUUAUAUAAGUGACCUGCCAAACCGAAACGUAGACAAGAACUUCAUGGUGCUCGUGUUUGGUCAGGCUGUCCCCAGAAAGACGGUCUGGAAAGACAGUGGAGAUGGCUCCACUGUUCUUGCAAUUGACGUCCUAUCUGCGUGGAAGUCCAUGGGCUUGGACCCUGGCUGGAGUAACGAGAUCGUCGUUCAGAUCUAUGUUAGCUAAGUAGAUGUUAGAGAUCCAGGCAGACCAACAAGGAGUUCUCCUUUUUGGUCGACUGGCAGAAAGCCAUCAGUAGACUUUAGGUAACUACGCUCAUCAUUAGCAGUAUACAUGAAAAUGACAUAAUGACUUCAAUGCUAGCAAUUUCGGUACCAGUUAGAGUAGGAAUAAUCUGAUACCAGGAUGCUACGCUGGACCAAAGCCGGUCUAAGUACAUUAUGCUGUUGGAUCGCGACUGCAUAUUUAAUCGUAGACCCUUGCUUGCGAACCAUAUACUCGACAUUCAUGGAUUCGCACAAGGAGAUUUGUUAAUAGAAAGUGAGUUGUUUCAAGUAGAAAGUGAUUAUGACCGUAAGGCAUUGACGCACGACAUAAAAUACUAAAUCAAGAUAGAAUUGCAAAAAAGGUCGACAUCUAGUUCUCUCUAGACUAUGGUAAAGG